GGUGAUGAACAGGUGGGGCUUUCCUUGCUUCCUUCUUUUCCUUUCCUUGUUUUGCUUUUUUCCGCCUUUGCGCUCCGAUUCACAGUGUGACAAUAUAUAUGGCAGCCCCCUGAAAUGUGGCUGGCCAGUCCUUAUGUCGACUUGGACUGAGCCUCUAUUCAUCCCAGCCUCUGCUUCCUUUGGCUUGACUUGGGCCCUCCGACCUGGUACCACAUGCCCACGGCCUGCUUGCUUCAGAAUGUCAAGGCCUGGCUGAUUGGGGAGUUGACGGCGGCAGUUGCUGCAGACGGCACUCUCUCAGAGGAACAGUUGAAGGAAUUCCAAGUAGCACGAGAGAAGGGGUUGGCCGAGCUAUUGAAAGCGAGGCUUCAACCUUGGGUUGAUGGCGAUAAGCAGAAGUUUAUUGAGGAGGCACAAGCUGAAAUGGCAGGUCUACUCAUUGAGCCAUUUGGUAUAGAAAUACUUCAGUGUGUUGGUUAUGUGUAUCAGCACAAGGCCAACAUGCUCCUUGGCUUGCACCAUAGCCAUCUGAAGCUGCCCGGUCACAUCGCUUCGUUGAGGCAACAAGGCCACACUUUCUUGAGAAGAGUCCGGGCUCAAGUUGCUGUCGCCAAGGCGGCAGAGUUCACAGAACGAUAUGAAAGGGAGCGCCAGAGUGCCAAUAAUUCAUCCUUGAAUGAGGAAGGCUUCCCUCUCUUUAUCAACAGCUUGUGGGCGGUGAGUGUGCUGGACAUCGAAAGCACGCUGCGGCAUGUUGUCACACUCGUUGUGGUGGACGAGUCGGUCCCUAAGGAUGUCAGAGCGGCGAGAGCGAAGGGCAUUGCGGUCCUGGGCAAAAUUUUUCAAGAAGCGUGUGCUGGUACCCGGUCCAUUGGGUUCAAGGGCCGAUUCGCUGGGUGGCUAACUCCUGCUAUUGCCAAAGCAGGGGAGAAUGAGGGGGGGGGGGGGGGGGUAGAUGGGUGGGUGGAGGCGGCAGCAGGGCAGGCUCGUCACGCUGCUGAACCAGUUGCGGCUUCGGACAAGAUGCGACUCGCCACGCUGGCGAACCGGGAUUACUGUUUAAAGUCAUUGCCACUGCAGACAGACGAGUGAUGGCGGGAGGACCGUCCAGGCAUGGCCACUGCAGACAGACGAGCGAUGGCGAGCAGCAGAUCGUAGUUUGCAGUUUGCGGACAGACGAGCAAUGGCGGUUGGCGAACUUGGUGGGGGACCGUGCAGCAUAAUAAGUAUGGUCGUCUGUUGAAGUCCUCGUCUGGCGCUUGUGCAAACGUGCAUGGCUGUGGAAGUGUGGGUCGGGACCCUUGAUGUUGGGGGGAGUGGGGGGGGAGGGAAGGGAAGGGCGGUGGGUAGGUACAGAGGGAGAGGAAGGGAUAGGGUGAGAUGGGGUGGUAAUGAUGCUUGUUGGGGUCAUGCACCCCCUCUUAGUGAUGGACAGGAGCAGACAGUGACAGAUUAUUUUCUAAAUUUCCUCCGAAAAAGGGCCAUGUUCCAGCUGGUCAUGCGUCCAUGCUCAGUAAGCCAUGAAUCCGGUUGCGAUACUGAACAGGUUCGUGCGAACACAGUACUAUAAGCAUGGCACCAGCCGUCAGGGCUUGGCCCUAAGACACGGGCCAGGGUAGCAACUUCAAGGGGUUAGGGUUUAUCCAACGUCGGCGAGGACAGCGGCACAGUGCAGGGCGCAGGGCGCCUCUCUCUAGGACAGAGAUGGGAGAAUCAAGCCCUUGGGAUUCGGCAAGGGGAGGGGUUUUCCCCUCUGCAUGCGUUGGUUUCCCUGCGCACAGAGAUCGGGAGCACCAUGGCCGUUGAAAAUUUGUAUGUUCUUUUUUCUUAUGCAGCAACUAAAUAAUAAGGCAAUGUGUCGACGAGCACGCACAGUAAGUUCGAAGUUUGUGAUCGGUGCUUCGUCCAGGGCGCCGAUUUGUUUCUUUCUCGACAAUUGUGCGGUCGCCAAACACGCUGAGGGGGCAUGCUCCCACUAAGACGUUUCCGAGGGUGACUAAGAUCUGGCGGUGACUACGCGGUGAGGCAUCCAGGUGAGCUCCACUAGUUUGGCGAUGUCCUUAGUGGCUAUGUAAGUGUAACGAUUUGGUUGAAAUCCCCUGAGGGUGGGUGUGCACAAAAAUUGCGCGCAAGGAUGUUUGUUAGCCCGAUCUCAUUCUUGACUGCAGAAAAAGACAAAAUGCUCAGUCGAGACCCGGGACUACCCGGGACUUCCCGGGACUAGUCACGAUGUGAGGAAGAGGCAGUUGUGGGCCCAGAAGCCCACUUCCAGCGAGCACAGGCUGAUUUGAAUGUAUAUUCCUCGAAUGCACCUGGCUAUGGAGUAUGGACCCUCCCUAAAAUGUGUACUACUAAAAUGUUAACCCCUCAUCAUCGAUGGAUGUGCAGUCACGACAGGCAGAAAACUCCGAGGAGGACACAGUUUUCCUCUCCUUCUCGCAUCAGUGCGGCAGUCCACAAAGGAUCGCGCGCUCCGCCGAAGGGUCUCCUCUUAGCAACACCUCUGGCUUCUUCGCCAAGCUCUCUGCGUCCCGUUGUCUUCUGGGAGUUUUUUUUUUUUUUUUUUUUUUUUUUUUUUUUCCACCGGUUAUGCCGCGAGGAUGUCGUCGUAUCGCAUCCCCUUUUCAGUCGAUCACAUCGCUGCCCUGACUGGGAAUGCGGCAUUGGUUUACCGAUAUACAUAGUACGUGCAAUGGUUUUGUGAAGAACCAUUGGUGUGCAAAGUGUGCAGAUAUGAGUUUGGUUGGAAGCUUCGGACUUUGGAGCUUUGGAACUUUGGAACUUGGAACUGUGGAACUUUGGAACUUUGGAUGCUUUGGAACUUUGGAACUUGGAACUUUGGAAUUUUGAAUGCUUUGGAACUUUGGGACUUUGGAACGUUGGAACUUUGGAACUUUGAGACUGUGUUGAAGAAUAUGGAGACAAACUAAAUGAUAGAUGCCAGCAGCAGAUUUUGUAGCGGGUGCACGCACUGCACGGGCAUCAUCAUGGAAUAAAAAUAUGCAGUCUAA